AUGCAUCAGCCGCCACAUCUGAAGGAGCAGCAGCUGCUGCGCCUCGUAAAGGAGCAUCAGCAGCGAGCACUGCAGGAACAUCAUCAUCAUCACCAGCAGCAGCCUCAGCAGCAGCAGCACAACCAGCAGCAGCACCAGCAACAGCAGCAGCAGCAGCAAAGGCAAAGACGCACUCGUCAUCAUGCCAACAGGUACCUCGAGGCCGCCACAUCUGAAGGAGCAGCAGCUGCUGCGCCUCGUAAAGGAGCAUCAGCAGCGAGCACCGCAGGAACAUCAUCAUCAUCACCAGCAGCAGCCGCAGGAGCAGCAGCACAACCAGCAGCAGCAACAGCAGCAGCAGCAGCAGCAGCAGGAGCAGCAGCAGCAGUGAUAGAUAUAGAAGACGAAGAAGAAGAAGAUAGUUUGCCUCUCUGUCCCCUGCGUGCUGCUCUGAGGAGGGUUUGGGGUUAUAAGGAUUUCAGGGAGGGCCAGGAGGACGCCGUCAGGGCCGUACUCAAAGGCAAAGACGCACUCGUCAUCAUGCCAACAGGGGGGGGCAAGUCGCUGACGUAUAUGCUGCCGGGUUUGCUGCUGGAGGGGGUUGUGCUCAUCGUCUCUCCCCUCAUAGCCCUCAUCGAAGACCAGCUACGGCGUCUACGGGCCCGGGGCCUUUCUGCUUUUUGCUUGAAUUCGACUCUAACCCCAAAACAGAGACAAGACAUCAUCACCUGCCUCCUCAACCCCCAGCAGCACCAGCAGCAACAGCAGCAGCAGCAGCAGCAGCAGCAGCAGCAGCAACAGCAGCGGCAGCAGAAGACCAGACAAGACAUCAUCACAUGCCUCCUCAACCCCCAGCAGCAGCAGCAGCAACAACAGCAGCAGCAGCAGCAGCAGCAACAGCAGCGGCAGCAGCAGCAGCAGCAGCAGCCGACGGGGCCUAUUAAGUUUUUGUUUGUAACGCCGGAGCAGAUAGCGACGACCUCCUUUCAGGAUGUGCUGCGGCAGAUGGAGCAGCAGAAGCAGCAAAAGAAGGGACAGAACAAACAGCAGCAGCAGCAGCAGCAGCAGCAGCAGCAGCAACAGCAGCAGCAGCAGACAGCAGGCGGGGGAGGCGUAUCACUUGUGGCCGUCGAUGAGGCCCACUGCAUCUCCUCUUGGGGGCAUGACUUCAGGGCCAGCUACAGGCAAGCUGCUGCUGCUGCUGCUGCUGCUGCUGCUGUUGCUGCUGCUGCUAGUAUUCCUGUUACAGCUACUACUGCUGCUGUUGCUGCAGCUCCUGUUACUAUAGCUGCUGCUACUACUGCUGUUGCUGUUGCUGUAGAAGGGGCAGAACAAACAGCAGCAGCAGCAGCAGCAGCAGCAGCAGCAGCAACAGCAGCAGCAGCAGCAGACAGCAGGCGGGGGAGGCGUAUCACUUGUGGCCGUAGACGAGGCCCAUUGCAUCUCCUCUUGGGGGCAUGA